ACUGUGCUUAAAUAUCAAACCUGUAACCUUUUAUAUACUCUUAAUUCAUUGUUCCCCGUCCCCGAUGAUCGACAUUCGAGAGCAUAUGGGCUUCCUGAAAGUUAAAUUCUUCCUUUUUCUGCUCAUUUCAGCUAUCAAUCGCAAGAUUUCUGGCCAAACUCUCACUUGUGGGUAUAACACCUUUUUUAUACAAUACCCUUUUCGAUUACUGCAAGAAGGCAAAAGCUCUCACCACAGGCAUAGAGGCCAUUCUGAUCAAUUUAUUCUGAAAUGCAACAGCCAGGGUUUAGCAGUUCUCAACCUCCCUUUUUCAGGAGAUUUUUAUGUCCGCAAUAUCGACUAUUUCAGGCAAAAAAUACAGCUUUAUGAUCCAGGGCACUGCCUUCCAGGCAGGCUUAUGAAUUUCAGCCUGUCAUUUUCUCCUUUUGUGGCUGUGGCUUAUCAGAAUUACACGUUUAUUAGCUGCCCCCCAGAAAGCCCUCAUAACUCAACUGUCAUUAGUUGCCUGAGCAACUCCACAGCCUCCGUCUUAGCUACUUCACUGAUGUCAAAGACAGAAGAGAUCUUGGAAUUGAAAGGGUGCAAUGCGAUUGUUACGCUGCAAAUCCCUGUUUCAUCGCCUAAUCAGUAUGAGUACAAUGGGUUUGAUGAUGAUCUUCUGUUGGCUUGGGAUGCUCCCAGUUGCAAUGGAGAACGCAAAGGUAGAUCUCGAAGCAAACCACUGUUCAGUAUCAUCUUAUUAUGUGUCAUCACAAUCUCCAUAGCGCUGCUAGGAGCAUUUUUCUGCAUAGCAUGCUGCCUGGGCUUCACAAGACUACUGUUGAAAAUCAAUGAGGCAGGCGUUCAAGGAUCGAACAGCUUCAUAAUCGCAGUUUGGGAUAUGUCUGCAGCCCCCCUAGAUGAAUCUCGGAUCAGCUCUGGGACAGAAGAGCUGACAGUAGGGGGAAGCCAGUGCAUUUCAGGGCCUAACGGUGAUUCCUGCCCCAUAUGUUUGGAAGAGUAUAAGGAAUCAGAAAGGCUAAGGAGAAUCCACAAUUGUCAUCACUGCUUCCAUGCAUGUUGCCUUGAUAAAUGGCUGCAGACGGAAAUUACUUGUCCUGUUUGCAGAAAUAUUGCCGUAUAACGUAGAAUUUGCUUACACUUUAUUACCAGGAAACCGAGUAUAUAUACUUUGCAGAACUAAUGUCAAAUUCUGGGCAGAG